CCACCGUGAAGGGGAGAGGAGGAUGAACACUGGCUCAGUUGCUGAAGAGUCUGCUUGAGUGGCAGGAGCCGUUUUUGCAGGAUGCGAGGAGGAACGGGGAGGCUCUGCGGAUGGACGCUUUGGACCCUGGUGGUCUGGAUGGGGGGACCCCCGGCUUCCGCCCUGCACCAUCGGUACCUCUGGAAGAAUUGCCUCCCCUGCUACGGGGGGCAGGUGGGCUACGGCGGCGUGGGACGCUCGGAGAGCAGGCCAGAUGUGGACGAGUGCCAAACUCACAAUGGGGGCUGCCAGCACAGAUGUGUCAACACCCCGGGGAGCUAUCACUGCGAGUGCAAGACGAGCUUUCGUCUCCACGCGGACGGACGGACGUGUCUCCCUAGCAACCCCUGUGCCAUCAACAACGGAGGGUGUGAACAUGAUUGCGUGCAGCUCAGCUUUUCGCAGCACCGGUGCCAAUGCCGGCCCAAUUAUCAGCUGAAAGAGGACGGAAGACACUGCGUGGUGAGGAAUCCAUGCGCCACCCAGAACGGAGCCUGCAUGCACAAAUGCCACAAUCACAAUGGGGUGGCGCGCUGCGAAUGCCACCCAGGCUACCGACUGGGCCCGGAUCGCAAAACCUGCCAAGAUAUAGAUGAAUGUGUGACGGGGAUGGCAAUGUGUGCGCACCAAUGUCUGAAUACUCACGGUUCCUACAAAUGUUUGUGCCACCGUGGCUACGAACUCGGAGCGGAAGGCAAGCAGUGUUACCGAAUAGAGAUGGAAAUCGUGAACAGCUGCGAAACCAACAACGGGGGCUGUUCCCACUUGUGCCAUCACACCAGCGCCGGCCCGGCCUGCAGCUGCAGCUUCGGAUACAGCCUGGAUGAAGACCAAAAGACUUGCGUCGAUACCGAUGAAUGCAGCGCGGGCACACACUGCUGCCAACAAGGGUGUUACAAUUAUCCCGGCGGAUACGAGUGUGUUUGUUAUGCCGGCUAUCAGCUCAACCCCGCAGGCUGCAGUUGCGACGACCUGGACGAGUGUUCGGCCAAUAACGGCGGCUGCGAACACUUUUGUCGGAAUCUGGCGGGCUCCUUUCUCUGCAGCUGCCGGAUCGGGUUCAAACUCGGCGAAGAUCGUAGAAGCUGCCUCUCCCUGGAGAAGCCCACGGAAGCCGUGGAUGGACGGCGGCCAGUGAUCCGUCCCCUCCCCCACGUGGCUCUUUUCCAGGAGAAGCUCAGCCAGCUUUUUGAGGAAGACUACGAGGAUGAAGAGGGAGAGGGGGCUGAAGCCAGAGGGGAACACACUGUCUCGGAGACGUUCAUCUGCCUGGACGACACCUUUGGCCCCAACUGCAGCCUCUCUUGCAAAAGAUGCCAGAACGGCGGCCGGUGCAACCAGCACCGGACCGGCUGCAUCUGUGCCGAUGGAUGGAGGGGGCUGCUGUGCAACGAAACCUGCCCCAAAGGGACGUUUGGGAAGGAUUGCAGCUCCGCCUGUCCCUGCCAAAAUGGAGGCAGCUGCCAUCCGGUGACGGGCGCCUGCCGCUGCCCCCCCGAAGCCAGUGGGGAGCUCUGUGAAGACGUCUGUCCGAGAGGAUUCUUUGGGAAAAACUGCGGGAAAAAAUGCCAGUGCGCCAACUGGGGACGAUGCCACUGGGUUUUCGGCAACUGUCUCUGCGAUCCGGGACGCUACGGCCGCUUCUGCCAUCUAGCUUGCCCAAAGUGGGCAUACGGGACCGGCUGUUCGGAGGAGUGCCGCUGCGUGCAAGCCAACACACAGCACUGCGACAAGCGAGACGGCGCUUGUGUGUGCAAGCCUGGGUAUCAAGGGGACAAGUGCCAAGCGAUGUGUGACCCAGGCCGUUUUGGGCCAGGCUGCAGGCACAAGUGUGGGUGUCCCUCUGGCCUGGCCUGUGACCACGUGGGUGGAGAAUGUCCCCAGCAGUGUCCAGAGGGCUACUAUGGAGAGAAGUGCCAGCAAGAAUGUUCUGAAGGGAAAUUUGGAGUGAAUUGUCUUCACUCCUGUUCUUGUAAUGGUUCUCCUUGCAGUCGGUCCACCGGGGAAUGCCGUUGCGUAACUGGGAAAACUGGGAAGUCUUGUGAACAAGAAUGUCCUGAAGGCCACUGGGGAGAUGGCUGCCAACAACUUUGUCCAGAAUGCAAGAAUAAUGGCCGUUGUGACCCCAUCACUGGUGCCUGCUUGUGUCCCUCUGGAUACACAGGGAACCGUUGUGAAGAGGUCUGCCCACCGGGCUGGUUUGGGCAAGGAUGCCAACUCCAGUGUAACUGUGACAACGAAGGGGAUUGCGAUCCCCAAACAGGGAAGUGUAGCUGUGCCCCUGGAUGGACCGGCUAUCGCUGCCAAAGAGCCUGCGAGCCAGGACACUGGGGUCCGGGCUGCACCCGCCCCUGCAACUGCUCCGGGGCCGAGAGAAGCUGCAACCCGGUGACCGGGCAGUGCCUUUGCGAAGCCGGCUACGUCGGCCUGCGUUGCGAUCAGAAGUGCCCCAAAGGCUGGUUCGGUCCCAACUGCCAGCGGAGAUGCCAGUGCCACCACCGAGGAGCCUGCGACCACGUCAGCGGCACCUGCACUUGCGCCCCGGGCUGGAGAGGAACGUUUUGCGAGAGGGCUUGUCCCGAUGGCUUUUACGGGCUGGACUGCCAGCAUGGAUGCCACUGCCUCAACGGAGCCCGUUGUGAUGCUGUGACGGGCCACUGCCGCUGCGCCGCGGGCUGGAUCGGACCACACUGCCACCAGAGUUGCCCGGCUCUCCGCUACGGCGAGAACUGCAGCCAGGAGUGCCGCUGCGCCAACGGAGCCUCCUGCCACCCCGUCACGGGGCGAUGCCUCUGCGCACCAGGGUGGGUUGGUGCCAUGUGCCAGCAAGGGUGUCCGCCAGGAUUUUACGGGUCCGGCUGCCAGCAGGAAUGCCUCUGCCAAAACGGCGGAAUCUGCAAUCCGGUUUCUGGCCACUGCGUCUGUCCGGAAGGGUGGAUGGGGCUGGCUUGUGAGCUGGAGUGUGUCGAAGGAAAAUAUGGGCUGGGCUGCCGGGAGAGUUGCGACUGUGUAAAUGGAGGCCGGUGUGACGGGAAGAGUGGACGUUGCCUUUGCCGUGACGGUUGGACCGGUGAAAAGUGCCAGGAAGCCUGCCCUGAAGGGACGUACGGGAAAGGCUGCCGGGAUGCGUGCGAGUGUGAACAUGGGGUCUUGUGCGAUCCCGUCACGGGGGCUUGUGAAUGUCCACCAGGAUGGCGUGGAUCCCGUUGUGAGAAAGCCUGUCUGCCUGGUUCGUUUGGGAAGGGCUGUGCCACGAAGUGUGACUGUCCCUUGGGGGCUCCUUGCAACCACAUCACCGGCUGGUGCCGCUGCCCGUCGGGAUUCACGGGCCACGGAUGCGAGAAGCCCUGCACCCCUGGCACCUUUGGACCCGAGUGCGCGCACGUUUGCCGGUGCGCAGGUGCGAAUCACGACUGCCACCCGGUGACCGGGAGGUGCCUCUGUGCCCCAGGGUACCACGGCAGCGGCUGCAAGCAGAAGUGCCCGUCGGGACGCUACGGGCCGAAUUGCGAGCGGUUGUGUCAGUGUAAGAACGGCACUCAGUGUGCGCCCACCACAGGGACCUGCCAGUGUCCGGCUGGCUAUAUUGGAGCCGACUGCAACAUAGCUUGUCCAAGGGGACGUUACGGGCCCGACUGUGUCCUUUCGUGUCCGUGUGGCGAAAACAUCCCUUGCCACCCCGUGUCCGGUUCCUGCCUUUGUCCGCCUGGCAAGUCCGGUCCCAGAUGCGAAAACGGCUGCCCUGCCAAUCAUCACGGGUUCAAAUGCAGCCAGAUCUGCGCUUGUCAAAAUGGGGCCAUCUGCCUCCCAGAAGACGGAUCCUGUCUCUGCGGGCUCGGCUGGACCGGAGCCUGGUGCGAAAAAGGGUGCCCUCCAGGGAAAUAUGGGGCCAACUGUCAGCUGAACUGCACUUGCCAAAGCAAUGGGACUUGUGAUCCGGUCACGGGAAUCUGCCAGUGUGGGAAAGGCCGUUACGGGAACCGAUGCGAGCACACCUGUCCGUCAGGAUUCCACGGGAUCGGAUGCCAAGAGCAAUGCAGCUGCCAAAAUGGAGCCUCGUGCGAUCCGGGAUCCGGAGAAUGUCUUUGCCCUCCGGGGUUUCACGGCCGCUACUGCGAAAAGGGCUGCGACGCAGGGAGAUACGGGGAAAAAUGCCAACGGGUGUGUGGUUGCGAAGGCGAAGCCCCGUGCGAGCCCUCCACCGGCCGUUGUCUGUGCCCUCCGGGGAAAACUGGAGCCAAGUGUGACACUGGUUGCCAGCUUGGAAAAUUUGGUCCGGAUUGUUCCGAGACUUGUCAAUGUUCCGCAGCUAAUGCCUUUUGCGAUGCCCAGAACGGACGUUGUGUGUGUCUUCACGGAUACAUAGGAACGACGUGUCGAGAAGGAGGCCCACCUCAGCUGAUAGAGAACUCAAGGCAAGAAGACGGACACAGUGAGUGGUUUCUACUUCUUUGUAUAAAAAAAACAGCAAUUUAAUUAAUCAGAAAGAUGGAAGAAAGAUAGAUGAGUUUAUAGAUGAGGGGGGAGGGUACCUAAAACAGAUGUUUUGGACCAAUUGAAUUGUUUUUAAAAAAGGUAAGUGGCAUAGCUAGCAAAUUGAUUUAGUAGGUAGAAAUAAAAUUGAUUUAGUAAGUAGAAAUUAAUUUUUAGCCUGCAUUUCAAUUUCCUCUCUCUUUCUUAGACACUUUUAAUGUACUUUUAAAUCCCUUUUACAUAUUGUUUCAAAAUCCAGAUCCAGAAGAUUUUUAAUGGUUCAGGAGGCUCAUGAAAAAAAAAGGAUGUUUUUUUUUCUCUCCUUGAGAAGCUAACUUUCUACGUGCAGGGAACACUUCCAAAUCAAAACUUUGGAAAUAUUCAGUGGAAUGAAUCCUGGCUUAUGGAUCAUCUGGGCCGAUGCCUAAUUGCUAUAUUUCUCCUUCCAGGUUUGGCUCCAGAGAAGGUUACAAAGACGCUAUAAAAUUCAGAGUUUAACCAACAUUUUGCUAAGGUUUGUGGUGCGGAAGAAAAACCAACUUGAACUUUGCAUGUUCUGUUAAGAUAUAUGCAAGAGUUUGGUGCAAAUGAGAUUAAUUCGAAAUUCAUUCAAAUUGCCCUAUAAGAUUCUGCUCGGUUUCCCCCCCAAAAAAAGAUUUUUAAAUCGUUAAAAGUUGUUCAAAGAUCCUGAAUUUAGCGGGGGUGGACUAGAUGACCUCCGGGGGACCAUGCGACGGUCCAAAUUCUUUAUUUUAUUUGGUUGGGAGGAUCUUGGAAGACACCUUACUGAGUUCGUGUGCCUUGGGAGAAAGGUGAAAGACUUUUUGACAACUUUGUGAGAAGACCACAACUGCAGGACUCGGUCACAAGGAGUUUUAAGGGAGAAAAACUGUAAUUUGGAACGACCGUUUCCAGGCAAUUUUUUUGGGGGGGGGGGUUUCUUUUAUUUUAUUUUAUAUCUCUCUCCCCACAAACAGCUCAUUGUAGAAAAGGGCCAAGUAUAUACUGCCUUAUAUUCAAAAGGAGUUACAAUUUUUUUUGCUAUGUUACCAUAAUAUUAUUUAUGUAAUUUAACAGUCAAAAGAUUUUGGAAGUCACAGAAAAAUAAGCAGAACAAGCAUUCUGCUUAUUUUGUUACUUCCUAAAUCUUUGGACUGUUAACUUUUUUAAAUAAUAAUAAUAAUAAUCUGUCCCCCUUUCUCCAGAUUUUACUAAUAAUCUGGGGGCCCAACAAAUAUAAGGUAAAAAAAAUUGGCAGUAAUAUUAGGGAUGAAUUUUGGCACUUGAUACCUGUUUGAAAAAUUGGGCUCAACCCUACUUGGGGCCAUUUUGCUUAAUAAAAAUAAAAUUCAGAUGGGGUAGAA